AUGAAGAUACAAUCAUGUGAGGCCAGUGUGAGUGGUCUUCUCGCCAGCCAUUGGUUAUGGAAAAAUGCGAAAAUAUCAAGACCUGGAGAAGCCAUUGCUGCAUUUGGGAUUUUCUAG